AUGCGCUUCCAGAUUCAUCAGAAUUAUUCCACUGAGGUGGAGGCAGCCGUCAGCCGCCUAGUCAAUGUGUACCUGCAGGCCUCCUACACCUACCUCUCUCUGGGCUAUUUCGACCACGAUGAUGUGGCUCUGGAAGGGGUGGGCCGCUUCUUCCGCGAAUUGGCCAAGGAGAAGCGCAAGGGCUACGAGCGUCUCCUGAAGAUGCAAAACCAGCGUGGUGGCCGCACUCUCCUCCAGGACAUCAAGAAGCCAGCUCAAGAUGAGUGGGGUAAAAUCCUGGACGCUAUGGAAGCCGCCAUGGCCCUGGAGAAAAAUCUGAACCAGGCCCUUUUGGAUCUUCAUGUCCUGGGUUCUACCCCCAUGGACUCCCAUCUGUGUGACUUCCUGGAGAGUCACUUCCUAGAUGAAGAAGUGAAAAUCAUCAAGAAGAUGAAUGACCACCUGAUCAACCUCUGCAGGCUGGCCGGCCCACAGGCUGGGCUGGGCGAGUAUCUCUUCCAAAGGCUCACUCUCAAGCACGGCUAAGAGCCUACUGAGCCCAGUGACUUCUAAAGGGCCCUUGCAAAAUAACAGGGCUUCUGCCUAAGCCUCUCCCUCCAGCCACUAGGCAGCUUUCUAACUACCCUAACAAGCCUUGGACCAAAUGGAAAUAAAGCUAUUUGAAGCAAAAAAAAAAAA